UUAUGACAUACACAACAGAAACUCAAAAUCGCGCAUAGUAAACACAAGAGAACUCUAAACAACUCCUAGUUACUUUGAGGAAUCAAAAGGACCACACCAUGACGGACCUGAGCAUCAGUGGUCAGCAGGUGCUGCCGCCUCCACCACCGCCUCCUGCGAUGCCGGAACCCUUCAGGAUCACCACAAACGCCCCACACCAGAUGAACGACACCAGUUUGACGCCCGGAAGAAGGAAGCUCCAGAAGUGGUUGGGUCGCGUCCUCCGGAUCGUUAUCACCGAUGGACGUGUCCUGGUGGGAUUCUUCAAUUGCACGGAUCGGGAUGCCAACAUCGUGCUGUCCAUGUGCGCCGAGUACUUGGUGGAGGGCCAGGAGCCCAGGUUAUUGGGCAAUGUCAUGGUUCCCGGAAAACAUAUCGUGUCCCUCAACAUCGACGAACCGGAUCCGCAGUCCAGUCUCCUCGUGCAAUAGUUUUCACUCUGUUCCUAGAUCUUUUUAUGUUAAUACAGCUGUAGAAAUACAUAUGUUCAAGAACCCGUA